AUGACACGUGAAGAACGAUUAAAUCAUCCAAUUGCCAACAAUUCGGUGACAGCGGGUGAGCCUCACUAUGCCACAUUGCCAGCUCCUCAUACAACAUGUGCGCACAUGGGUAUAUGUCUAUGCACACACGCACACAUACACACACAUACACACGCAUACACAGGCAUGUAUACACGCAUAUACAAACACAUACGACACACACACACGCACACACACACACACACACACAUACAACAUGCAUGCUCAAAUACACAAACAUAUAUAUACAUAUAUAUACGUCACACGUCCGUAUACAAAUCUAUGCGUAAGCACACGUCGUUAAUUCGUUAA